CGAACUCUUGGAGCUGGCUGCCGUGCACCUGUACCUGCUGCCCUGGAGAAAGGAGUUUACCACCAUCAAGACUAGAGGCCCACCCACCAGUCCUUUGAGGACAAGGCAGAAGGAGCUUGGCCUUGAAAGAAGCUAGUUCUGGGAUGGAGAGGUGCGGGCUGAGUCUCCUCAUCGUGGGGUUCUAGCUAAGUUACCUAUUCCCACUAUGCCCCUUUCCUUGUAAGAGGCCAUGAGAACAGUCAAGGUGCAAAGCCCUGAGAAGGAUGUGGCCAGCACAACUUAUGUGUCCCCGAUCUCUUCUUAAAGGGUCCAUGCAGGGAAGUGCUCCAAGGUUGCCUAGAGCUGUAGACUUCCACAUUGGGAAAAGACCCAAAGUUACCCUGAUGCUUUGGUUUCACAGGAGCUUUGCUCUCGAAAGGACACUCCCAUGUGUUAGCGUGGUCCUCUCCCCCUGCUGCACAUCAGACUGGAAGACUACACAGCAAGGGGAGUGAGAGCAAAAACGCCUGGUCUGAGAGCGAGAGCUCUCCAUGGUUCAUAGCGGGGAGGCUGACAAAAAUAAGGGUCAGAAUAGAAUUUAAGAGGCUACCUAACAACUGGGUGUGGCGGAACAUUCCUGUAGGCUGAGGCAGCAGGAUGGUAAGUUCAGGGUCUAGCUGGAGAGAGAGAGAGAGAGAGAGAGAGAGAGAGAGAGAGAGAGAGAGAGAGAGCGCUAAAGGGCUAGGGAUGUGGCUCCAGUGUCAAGUGUUUGCUUAGCAUACACAAGGCUUUCGGUUCUCCCCUGCAAGGGGGUGGGGAGGUGUCCAAGCUCACUCUAGACAGAUGAGAACAUCUCUGGGGGUGAGCAAACUUCUGAAGGGGACCAAGGUCAAGGCAGUACCAAGCCCCUCCCUUACAGACCUUCUCGGGGGGCUAUGUGCAUGUGCUGAAGGGCGUACUCUCUGAGGAGCUCCUGACCCGAAGCUUCCAGAAGAUGGGCUACGUGCGCAGGGACAACCACCGCCUAAUGGUGACCACACCACCCCCUGCCUGCCAGCUGGUUCAGGUGGCCCUAGGCUGCUUCGCUCUUCGGUUGGAGUGUGAGAUCCUAAGUGAGGUGCUGACCCAGCUGGGCACAAGUGUGCUUCCGGCUGAGGAGCUGCUCCGAGCAAGACGGGCUAGUGGGGAUGUCGCCUCCUGUGUGGCCUGGCUGCAGCAGCGGCUGGCCCAGGAUGAGGAGCCGCCACCCCUGCCUCCCAGGGGCACACCUGCGUCUUAUGGGGCCCCAGUGGACCUGUAUCAGGACCUGCAGGAGGACGAGAGCUCAGAGGCCAGUCUGUAUGGUGAGCCCUCUCCGGGGCUGGACUCACCCCCUAUGGAACUGGCAUAUAGACCACCACUCUGGGAGCAGAGUGCCAAACUGUGGGGUUCUGGGGGCCAGUCCUGGGAGCCCCCAGCUGAUGCUCUGCAUCGGGCCAGCAGCCCACCAUAUGGGGCCCUGGAAGAGGAGCUGGAACCAGAACCCUCUGCUUUCUCCUUCCUCUCUCUGCGCCGUGAGCUGAGUCGCUCAGGGGACUUAGCUACCCCUGAUGCCCCUGGGAGUCCUGGGCAGGCCAGCCCCCGACACAGGCAGGCAGAAGGAGCACCAGCCUCAGCCUAUGGGCCUGCGGUUGAGCCUCUAAGCUACCAGGCGCACAGCUGCUUGAGCCCUGGUAACCUGCCCACUCUCUGCUGUGACACCUGCCGCCAGUUACACGCUACCCACUGCACUGCCCUAUCAGCCUGCCGCCCAAGUCAUUCACUGCGCAUACUUCUCGGUGACAACCAGAGACGCCUGUGGCUGCAACGAGCACAGGUGGAUACCCUGAUCUAUGACAGUCCUGCGGCCCAUCCCUAGGCCCAGAAGGACCCCAAAACAAGAGUUUGGGGAGACAGUUUCCACGGUGCUUCUUUUGGGAAAGGGCCUAGGCCAGUGACUGCCCUGGCCCUCCUCUAUUCCCCAGGGGAGUUCAGUACCUACAGUUGGAAUGUUCUUGUGUGGGGCUGUAUCAGGCCCUUCACUGACAUGCCCGCCCCGCAUUUCAGUCCUGUCUACUGCAGGCCCUGAGCUGAAUCAACAAGAUCUUUCCCUCUUGUUCCUAUCCUUAUGCCCAGAUGUGCUGGGUAGAGAAGUCCAGGUUGUCCAUGUUACAGUACCCAAACUCACUCCAAGAAGGACCCCACCCUGCUCUCUACCUGCUCCCUGCAGGCUAUGGUUCAGGAUAUGUCCCGUGUGCUGAGAAAUCUUCACCCAGGGAGCCUGUAGACACGUAAGUUAGAUUUGGGCCAUGUGGGAGGUUCUGACAGGGCGUAAGUCACUUAGCUGAGAGGCCCCCUGCUAACCCCUGCUGUUAGUUAAGGAGCCUUGCAAAAAAAAAAACGGGCAAUGGGAGAAGCUCUUAUCCCCCCCCCCCCCAUCCAGCAGAAAUGGUUCUCAGCAACCAGCUAUCUACCAGCCAAAGAUGGGGAGAACAUUACAGGCCACCAGUUGGGCUACUGCCAAAAAGCAUCUCACUGCCCCAUGUAGCUCCUUGAAGGCACACAGAUAACCAGGAAGAAAGAGUUACACCCUCUUUUCCCUUGGCGAUAGCCCAGGGCCCCCCACUGGGCUCCCUAUACCAAUAAUCCACAGGACAGUGAUGAUGAAGGGCUGGGCUUUCGUCAACCCCGAGGAAGCCCGGGCACAGCAUUGCUGCUCUGAACACCUCCUCUACUGGCACCCCUCGGCCAUGGCUGUUCCUACUCCUCACUCCCAGCCCCUCAGAGGACACUGUCCAUGCUGCAUGGAUCAAAACCCCAGAGUACAUUAAAGGAUUGUGAAACUGUC